AUGGAUUUUUAUAAUGAACACUUCCAUCGGCUGAUCCGUGGUGUGGAUCCCAACGGUAUGUUGAAUGUGCCACUUAACGUGUUUACUGAUGGAAAAUGUCUCGAGAGAUAUUUUAAGACGAAUAGUGAUUUUCGGAAGUUAGAUGUCCCCUGGAUGUGUGAUCAAUUAAUUAUACUUUUGCUUAACUUUGAUGAUUUAGUUGCUAUUUCGUCAACCUUAAAGUUUUUGCAAAAUGAUUUUCAACGCAUUAAAUAUCCAUUUGUUUUGAUAAGUCAAGCUUUUAUUGGUUUAAUUGUAAUACAUACAAAUGCUACAAAAGCGUAUUACAGUUAUUGUACCAAUUCAACAAAGGCUUUAUACAAGAACAAAAUAGCUGUAGACAAAAUGCCUAAAAAGAAACAAAAAAUGGAAUCUGAUGCUACUAAUGAAUCACAUAACAAAGAACAUACUCAAAGCCAGAAAGUUCAAUCAUUAAAUCAACACCAAGUAUCUAGCCUAGAAACAGACCUCAAUGAGAUAGGUGUUAUUUUAAAUAAUCCAAGACACACUUCAAAUGCUGCAGAAAUGAAAUUACUUCAGACAAAUGUUCUAAACCAAACAGCUUUUAAUGAUCGAAUACUACAUAGACAAAAUAUAUUAAGUUUGAACACUGAAGAAAAUAUUGGUGAUGUUAAUAAAAUAUCGGAGUUAGACCAACUACAAGCUUUAUUCAUUCAACCAAUUGAAGAGUUUCCAGUUAUCAAUCAAGAUGUUCUCGUGGAGAUACCUCUUUUGCCUAAAAAUGAUUUCGAACAACAAUUAAUGGAUUUUAAUAUACAGUCUAAAAAUGUAGAACCACAACAAAUAAUAGAACACCCACAAAGUACACUAAAUUUACAAGUUGAACAAAUUAGAGUUGAAUCAUUAAUGGAAAUACCUCAGCAUUCAACAAAUCUACAAGAAAAACAAAAUCAGUUUAAGAUGCCUACCGAACAUUGUUCCCCCGAAAGGUUAACAAAUCAAUCACUAAAAAGAAAAAUACCUGGUGUAGUUCCAAAAAAAAAAUUUAAGAAAAGACUCAUUGAACAAAACAGUAAAGUACUUAGAAACCGGUUGAAGAAACUUCAAGGAGAAAUGUUUGAUAGACCACUUGAAUGUAUGAUGUUGAAGUUUACUAAUCAAUCUAUAGACCAUUUACCUAUAAGAUAUGCUAUGUACCGUAAUAAACUUAUUAUACCAUUUGCUGUGCUUACAUUAAGUAUUGAACUAGAAGAAAACAAAGAUCUAGAUGCAGUUUUUAAUAAUGAAAUGACUAUGGAUAGUUACAAAACUAACAAUGAAAUAUUUAAUUACAGCAAUACUUCAAACAUUUGUAUUUAUAAUCAUUGCAAAAACAAUUCAUUACCUCAUUUAUCUCUGCUUCCUUUAGUUGAAGAAUGUUUAACCAAUAAUAGUUUAGUGUGGCGAGACACAAUUAAUGAGAUGAAUAAUAAUUUGGAAGAUAGUUUUAGAGAAAUUUCACCCAUCUCAAAAAUUGAUCAGACUAAGUGGAAAAAAUUUAAAGACAAAAUAAAUUAUAGAGUGAAUCAGAGUUUAGUAGCCCAUAAAACGUUGGUUGGCCCUGAACUGUCUCAUUUAGAUGUACCACAACCUCUUAUGGCAUUUCCAUCUCUUAGUGAAGUUGAUAAACUUUUAAAUGAUAAGACAAUAAUUGAACAACACAACUCGACUAAGGGGCCUGCAUUCAAUACGGCAAAUAUUUGUCCUAUGCCCUCUUUGUCCAUAAUAACAGAAUCUGGAUUACCUAAAUUGCUUCCGCCUGAAAAAUCUCUAAUUGACCAUGUUGAAAUAAACAUUGACCAAGAAAAUGUUGUGUUGAAUCAAAUUGGACCCAAUAAUGUGCAGGAUAUUCAAAAUAUUAUUGAACAAGUUGAAGAAUGUCAUCGACUAUCUAUUGAUAUUAAGGAAAUAAUAUCCAAUAUUUUAAAACUGUCUCCUAAAAAUAUUUCACAUUUGAUGUUUACUGAUAUUUGCCCUAUUCACGUAACUAAUAGAAGAUAUGCUAUUACAGUUUUUGUAGAGCUACUUGGACUACAUAAAAAUGGAAUCCUCAAAUUAAGUCAACCUUGUAACGCAACAAAUUCUUCAACUAUUUCAAUUAAAAUAAUUAAUUACAAUUUUUUUUUUUGA